AUGGAAGACGAUUUACCAGAUGACCUUCCUCUGAUACAGGAAAGUGAGCCAAUUUUCGAGGAAUGGGCGGCCGAAAGCACAUCAGAUGGAAAACAAAUGAUGGAAGAUGAGGUGGAUGAGGAUAUUGAAAAAAGUUCGCAGCCGUAUAAGAGAAAAAAAGGAAAUCCCCGUCAAUCAACGAUUGUGAACUGUGAAGUAUGUGGAAUCGAAUUGAAGUAUCCGUCGAGAAUUAAAGAACACAUGAGAACUCAUACUGGAGAAAAACCAUUCCAAUGUACUAUUUGUGGAAAAAGAUUCAGCCAACACACUCCAUUUGCCAACCAUUUUCGUGGAGUACAUUUGAAUGAUUAUCAAUUUGAAUGCAGUUAUUUCGGAUGUACCAAAAGAUUUGUGAACAAUGCCAGAAAAAAUGCACACGAGUUGACUCACAUGGGUGUGAAACGGAUCGGACCGCCGCGUCCUCAUUUGAAACCAGUGAAGAAGCUAAUAUGUCCUUCAGCUGACAAUGUUCAUCUUGGUACCGGAUUAUCCAUGGCGGCUUCUGCCAACUUUAUUGCACCUCCAUCUCUAUCAAAUGGUUUCAAAUCUCCACUCGAUCAUCAACCAUCUACUUCGUUGAAUAAACGAACACCAUUAUAUCGAUCAGAAGGAGGAGAAGAAAUAUCAGAAAAAGUGAGAGAAUCUAAUGCACGCAUCGAUGACGUCAUUUCGAGUGUUCUCGCAAGAGUGUUAGCUCCUGUAGAACAACCAGUUCCUGAAGAAGAACCGCCGAAGGCUAAACCAAAAAGAGGAUAUUCGUCAAGUCGAGUUUCAACAAUUGCGCAUUGUAAUAUUUGUGGAUUGUAUCUGAAACAUCCAAGCAAGAUUUUGGCCCAUGUCCGUACACAUACUGGCGAAAAACCAUACGAAUGUGGUGAAUGCGGACUUUGUCUAACGAAGGCAUCAUCGCUGAGAGUUCAUAUUCUUCGAAUGCAUACAGGAGAACGCCCCUUCAUGUGUCAAUGGUGUCCAAUGACAUUCGUAACAGAAUCAGUCAGAAAAGAACAUGAAAUGGCAGUUCAUGCAGAAGUCAAAAGAUAUUCGUGUUCUGUCAAGAAUUGUAACUCAAAUUUCGCUAGAAGAGUUUAUCUGAACAGACACGUCAAAAACGUGCAUCCAGAAUUCUACACUCCAGUUUUCGAUGUGGAGGAAGUGAUGGCAGAGGAAGCGAUGGAUCAGAAUCAUGAAAAAGAUAAUUAUAUGUAUGAUGAUCAAGUUGUUCAUGUGAUGAAUAUGGAAGAUAUGAUGCCGAGAUUUGACGACGAAGUAUUCGGAGAACCAGAAAUGAUCGGAGGUGUAGAGGAAAUUAUAGACGACGGGAGUAAACUUAUAUGA